AUUCGAGCAUAGGAAUUAUCGCGAGUUCAUGUCGUCCAUAUUGAAAAAAUACAUAGUUUAGCCAGGGAAUAAAUUAAUUAAAAAAUACCGAAAUAAUGAAGCGAGUACAGCCAACAAUAAUGCAACCACAACAUAAUACGAUAAUGCGUCGUGUAAUUCAGCCACGAGAAAAUUCACAAAGUUUAAACGCAGUGAAUAAAGUGAGCAAUUUAUCGAAUGUCACCGUAUCUCCAUCAAAUUCACCACGAGUGAUUCGACAAACGAUUUAUGCUUCUCCACAAAUUCAGACCAACAUAAAGUGUUUUAUAUGCGAUGAAAAUAUCAUGGGAGCACCGACAAGCCUUAAAGAAACUGAAACCAGUACAUCUCGUGAGAAAGUCACAAAGAAACUUGCCAGAUUAGUUGGUGAUGAAUUUUGUGUUAUUGUAUCAGAAGAGGACGUAAUUUGUAGGCGUUGUCUUACAUUGUUUAAUACUAUGGAUAAGUACGAAUCUGAUAUUCAGAAUGUAAAAACUCGUUUAAGGGGAUUCAUAAACAAAAAGUAUGGAAUUGAAGAGCCUGAAGAGCCUCCUGUGAAAAUUCAAAGAUUAAAUGAGCAACAAUCGUCUGGUGUUCACAGCAGCAGCAACAACAAUAAUAAUAACACUAAUAAUAAUUAUCGAUGGCAAAACAAUAGCGUUGAUGAGUCUCCAACUCGUAAAGUUCCAGCAGUUGUAGCUUCAGUCAAUAAAGAGACCGCCGAGAGUCAAUUAAAGCAUUUAGCUAAUUCAAAACAACGCGGUCCAGUUAAGCUCUACAAAUGCAUUGCAUGUGACUUUAAGACAACAGAUCUGAAUGCUUUUCAGCCGCAUUCGAGUGUUUGUAAAGGGCAACAACAACAACAGCAGCAGCAGCAACAAACAAAACCAAAUACUAUUAUGUCUCCGCAAAAUCGAGUUAAUCGUGUAGCAUAUCAAAAUAGUCCUCAGCAGCAGCAACAGAAGGUAGUAUCAUCUCCAAUCUCACAGCAAGUAGGCAGAACUACAAUCAUUCGAAGCAGUAAUUCAUCUCAAUUUAGCUGUCAGCAGUGCGAGUUUAAGACAAAUGAUCGAAAUUUGUUUGCUGAUCAUCAGCGUAAUCACAUGAAGCUUCGACCAUUUAAAUGUCGCAUGUGCUUGGAACGAUUUGCCACACGAGAAGCUGCACAAACUCAUGCUAAAAUUCAUUCUGGAAAUGGAAUGAAGUGCGGAAUUUGUAAUCGUCAAUUCAUCAAAAGAGAGGUGUUUGAAGCUCACAUGAAGACACAUGAAAAGUUCAAGACUGUCUCACAACAAGAAGUCAUUGUAAUGAAUAAGAGCACUGAAAGCAUUGGAACAGUUCAGAAGCCUUUAACUGACAUCAUAAAGGAAGCAUUGAGCGAGGAGGAUCAGGAUGGCGUCAAUGAGUUCAUCGAGUUUCAUUCAUGUAAUUUGUGUUCGUUGACAUUUGUUAACAAGAAACUUUACGCUCAACACAUGAAAACACAUGAGAGUCCUUCUUCUGUACGAAUUGAGGAGUCACAAACGACUUAUGGCAAGAGUAAAUCUCAAAUUACAGAGGGAGAUUUGGAAAGUAUAUUUGAGAAAAUGCAUUCUGAAAAUGUCACAAUAUCAAAUGGUUCGAAUAAUGGCAAUGAAAAUAUCUUGAUUACAACACAAGAUAGUGGCGGAAUCACAUACAACAUCACUAUUCCCCAAGAUGAUAUUCCACAUGAACAGAAAAAAGUUCGUAUUGACAUGCCAAAUUUGGACGAUACAGGAGAUGAUUCUCAUAAGAAUGAAACAGAACAAACGCUGAAUCGUGCUCCCGUUAGCAUGCCAAGUUUACAUGACGAUGAAAAUACACAGAGUAGCCAAGAACAGCAACAGACUUCGGAAAAUCUGCAAGGAGAUCAAGGUCAAGAAAUUCCAAUGGAUCUCGAAGAAUUACAACAAGCUGCCGAAGGGCAACAAUUGAAAUUCAUUGUAGACGAAAAUGGACAAUUUUUACAGUUGGAUAAUCACAUUUUAACGACAGACUCUGAGGGAAAUCAAAUUUUAGUGCAAGGUACGAAUCAGGAACAGUUGCAGCAUCUAUUACAAAGUGUUGGCGUUGAUGGAAAUCAAGUACUUGUUCAAUUACAAGGAAAUGGUGAAGGAAUUGACGGUGAGGGUGCAACGCUUCAAUUUGGCGAAGGUGGACAGGGUCAAAUGAUUCUCGUACAGAACGAAAAUGGAGAGAGUCAGUUGAUUGAUGCUUCGAUGCUUCAAACAGAAGGCGGUAAUUUAGUAUUGCAACAAGGAGCCGAUGGUGAGACAACGCUUACAACUGCUGAUGGCAUUCCUGUAUCUGUAUCAUUUACUGGUGAUGGUGGUGAUGGUCAAAUAACAGUCACAAUGGCAGGAACUGGAGAAGAUGGUCAGCAGAUUUUCAUCCAACAACCCGUCGAAAUGACAGAAGGUCAAGAACAAGUUUCACAUGAAGGAGAAACAGCCAUGCAACUUGAAGAGAGUUCACAGGACACAUCAACGAUGCCUGAAAAUAAUACAGAAACAGAGAAUCCAAUUGCUGCAUCUGAAGAAGAAAAAGUCGUCCUCGAAGUCGAAUCCAAUAAUGACGAUAAUAAAUCAAAAGAGUUGGAGGCUACGGACGAAAGUGAAAACAAAGAUACAGCAUUAAACAAAGAAGACGAAAAAGACGACGAUAAGGAAUCCAUAGAAAAAUGAAUUUCAGUGAGCUGUUGAGAACUUUCUGUACAAGAAUACAUCCAUUACAAUAGCUUGAUAAAAAAAAACUCAUCAUACAGAAUAGAAAGAAACAGAGUUGAGAAAGUUCACGAUCCUUCGUAAAACAAAUUAUGCUUGUACUAGUUCGUUCGCCUAAGAUGAUGAAAUAAUGUUAUUAUUGGUUACUUCUUUUCGUCACUCUUAUCGUUUUGUCUGACGAAAACUAGGACUUUUAAUUGUAAAAAAAAAUUAAACAUAUAGUAGAAAGUAAUCUUAUCUUAAUGAAAAAAUAAGAAAAAGUAAAACAAUAGCUAGAAUGUUGACGUAGUUUAUGAUGCUUUACUAUGUAAGUUGAAUUUCAUUCAGAAAUAUGAUUAAAGGAUGUGAAGACAACUCACAUUUUCUGUGAGAUUGUGAAUAUUAAUUAAUUUACUAAUCUUUUUCUUACAAAAUAAAUUUUUCUUUUACUUCUUUUAUCUUCACUUUUAAUGAUGCCCCCUUUAUAACAUUCACAAAAAAAAAAUAUUCAAGUUUUUACAUUUCUAAGCUAAAUAAUAAUAGAACAUAAAUGCACUGUGUACUAGCUAUGUACAAAAUGCAGCAAAAAUAUUAAUUAUGUGUAUCUGAAAUUAAUAAAUAAAUGAAAAAAAAAAUGUUAAAAAUAUUAAGUAAUAUCAAAAAUAAGGACUUUACAGAAAAAGAACUAUUUUCAAAAUUAUAAACUCUUUCAUUAUUCUUUCUUAAUUAUAGUUUAGAUUUUUAAUAAUAAAAAAAAGAAGAAGAAGAGAAUAAUCCGAUAAAUGAGAAACAUAUAUUGUUAGGCCUUUGAACCCUAUAAAAAAUGAAGGAAAUUAUUUUUCAUAGGUAUAUUAAGAGAUAAAGAAUUGUAUGUUAAAUCUUAUCUUGUAAAUAUCCUUUAAACAAAAAUGAGACAGAAUAAAAUGAUUUGAAAUAUUCAUGCAACAAAACCA